AAAAAAAAAACAGAAACCACACGACGGACUUACAGUAGCAAGGUCUCCUUGACAAUUAGGCAUUAGCGGGCGGACCACCAUAAUCCAAUGACGACGCUGCCGCCACCAGAGUUUGUGUACCGGAUCAGCACGGCCGAUGAGUGGGCGGAGCUUGAGCGCACCGGCGGUACCCACGGUGGCGACCUCGACCGCUCCACUGGCUGCAUCCACCUCAGCGACCUCAGCCAGGUGAAGAUGACACUAAAGAAUUUUUUCCUUGGUAAAAAUGAUCUAUACCUGCUACAAAUUGACACCGCCAAGAUUGCAGAUGGCUUAAUUUAUGAAGCAGUUGAUGGCUGUAAUUACUUUCCUCAUUUAUAUGGCCCUGAUCGGAGCUUUGCACCCCUUGAACGAAGUGUUGUUGUCAAGGCAGACAAAAUAGAGAUGGCACAGGAUGAAUUUUCUUGCAGUCUUCUUGAUGGAGCGACCCUCUAAUUCUGAUGUGUACUGUCUCACCCCUGUCCCUUAUUUCCAUAAUGUUCUUGAGUUCACUGCCAAAUCUAUCAAAGACAGGUUGACCACAUGCUUGUGCUUGUGAAAACUGUAAAAUGAGCCUAGCUAUUGCAACUUUCUAAAUGUCUUGUGAUCAAUGACAUAUGCUGGGUCAGGGUGUUCACUGCUCUGAUGUAAUGUGUUACUUGGUUUUAUGCAACAUGAAAUGGCUGAUAGCAUAUA